CCUGAUAGGCAAAUACAAUAUUUAUACCUCUUUUUUUUUCUCUCUCUCUCUCUCUCUCUAUCCAUCUUUAAAAUAAACAAAGAAACAAAUAAGAACACAUUCCAAACCAGCUUUAUUAUUGCCUCCCUCAUUCACAGCCUGUCAAGCCUGAAUUAUUAUUAACAGCAGAGGAUUUUUAUGAUUUUUGUAGUCUGAGAGGUGUUUGCUUUAUUGUUUCUUCCUCAAAGUAAGGCAAACGAAGGAGUGGGUUUUGUUUUAUUCUUACAAAGGAGGAGUUUGAUUAAUUGAGGCAUAUUCACGAGGGAAUUGGGCACUGAAUUUGGUUUUUUGAUCAGCAAAGUUUUGGCAUGAGGAAGGCUGAAGAUGUUCAAUGACUCUCGUAACAAACAUUCAACAUCCUGGCUCUUUCUGUAUCAGGCAUGGGAACAAGACUUGAACCCACUUUCAAUCCUCUAGCCACCUCUGCCCACAGCAGCAACACAUUAUUCACAGUUCAAAGAGUGAAUGAGUGGCACCAUUUCCAGGACUCAACAAGGCUUCCCCCCAAGCUCCACACACCUGCCGCCAUGGCUGGACUUGACAAGUUUCAAGAAUCAGUGAACAAGAUGCUGCACAAAGGAGAAGUGGACUCCAUUAGAAACACAAUGCAGGUCCAUGAAGAUGUCUUCAAGAAUCAGGUGAAGGAACUCCAUCGGCUGUACAGUGUUCAGAAGAUGCUGAUGGAAGAGCUGAGGAGAGAGAGCAAGCAAAACUCACAAUGGGGUCCAAUGGCAAGUUCAGGAACUAAUCAUUUGCAGUUCAACAACCGCGAAAAUUCGACAUUACAGAGCGCUGGAGGGGGGCUGAUUUUCAAUCUUCAAAGCUUGAGAGAUGAUCCAAGCAGUAGAGAGAGGAGUGGAAGCUGUUCUGGAGACAACAUGAGAGUGUCAAGAGGGUUUGAUCUUGAAAGGCCUGCUGCAGCAGAGGAUCAAGACAUGUCGACCGGAGUUAGCACCGUCGACGAAGACCAAGCCGGGCCGAGCACGCCGAUCGUCGGAAAGAGCAGCAAGAUGAGCAUAGAAGACGGUGAUGUUGAGCUAACACUAAGCAUUGGUGGUGGUGUCAGCAAGAAGAGAUCAAACUCUCAUUCCCCUCUUACUCAAAAGGAGGGAGAGAUGGAUUCAUCUUUGUCAUUCAAAUCAGAAAGAGGAGAAGAAUGCAGUGACCCAACCACACCCAUGAGCAGCUCCAGUGCAACAUGUGAUCAGGAAACAAAACGGCCACAUUGGCUUUUCCAAAGUCUAAAGCUCAAGUAGAAGAUCACAACCCUUUUGCAUCCAUUAUUCCAAAAACAGAACACAGGUUCACUUCACAUUAAUUAACACAUUUUCACCAAUUGAGAUUCUUCUUCUAAUAUUAGUUUGCACUUCACUCCAAUAAAAUGGGAUGUUUGAGAUGCCCAGUUCCAAGAGCAUGCAUAUAUGUUGCUGUAAAUAGGCUGUCCUGUUUUACUCCAAUUCAUCUACAUUUGUAAGUUGAUCAAGUAGUGUUUGCAUAGGAAAACAGAGCAAAAUUACAAGAACCCAUCUGGAAAAAAAAGGCUAAUAAUAAGAUUAUGAAGUCAAACAAGUGAAUUAUGUGUUCUAA